AUGUCCUCAAACCACAGCGCUCCCAAAAAGUACCUCACACUUUACCGCGAUGGCAGCCUCGGUAGCGCCCUGAUCGAAGCAAUGGACGAGCUCAUCCUUGCCGGCCGGUUUCCAAUCAUCCCCGGCGCCGCCCUGGACCACCCUAUCAACCUGACAACUGAGCCGACUGGUAGUGAAGCGGGCGAUCCCAUUGAUAUAACUGGCACCACAACCACAACCGAGCCCUCGUCUCCAGCUAUUAGUAUGAACACCAGCACCAGCACCCGUGCUUCCUCCUCCUCCUCAUCCACCACGCCGAGAGACGUAAGACCACAACUCCAGUCCCAGCCACAGCAACAGCGACAGCAGACCCUCGCAUCCCUGACCCAAAAACUAACCGAUCACGUCCUCACAACCUUCGACCGCGUAAUCGCCCAAACGCUCGCCACACAUGAUGAAGUCAUCAACAAAAUACCGGUGAUCAAGAUGAAGGGGAAACUGAAACAGUACAGACUGGUGGACGAUAUUUGGAAGUUGUGGGUGGAGGAUGUUGAGAUUGCUGUUGGUUCGGAGAGGAGGCGGAGGAGGAGGAGAGGAAGGCCCGGAAACGUCGAGGCAGAUUUGCGAGAUGGUGGAAGCAGUGGAAGUGGAGGAAAGGGUGAGUUGGGUGCUAAGAGGAAGAGAGAUGAACAUGAAGAUGGGGACAGUGAAGAGAGAGCCGGGAAGAGAAGCAGGGGUGAUGGCGGUAACGGAAUCGAGCAGAGUAAGAAAGAUGAUGAUGGCAAGGGACCCGAGGUCUUCAGGGUUGAUAAGUUGUUGAUUGUUGCUUGCGAUGGGAGGGAACCAGAUGCAGGGAAGAAGAAGAAACGAGGAGGUUGA